UCGAAUGGUUUAUGUUAUGGAUUCUAAGAAUUUCAAGGUUCAUGAACAUGUGAAAUUUACCCAGGUAAAAGGUUGACAACAAGGUGCUUGAUUGAUAAAAUGUAGAAGCUGUAUUGCUGGUCUCAUGCAGUGGUCAGAGUAAAUGACAUGUGGUCACCUUAGAUAUAGAAAUGGCCCAAAAAUUGAAUGUUGGCAAUCGUCCAUCAUUACUGGCAGCUCAGAUAUCAGUGGCUGAUGAAGAUUUGUUUGGAAGUGGAGAAGAUGAUUCAGAUGAUCAGGACAAAGGGAAAUCCACUGAUAAGGUCUUUCAGCCGACCAAUGAACAGGUUGUCGAUGAAGUCUUUCCUGCAAACAAUGACCAUGUUGUAAGGAAAUCAAUUGAUCAGGUUGAUGAGGUCUUCAUUCAGACAAAUGAAGAUGAUGUGAUAGCACCUGGAAAUGAUGAUGUAUUCAUGAGGAAUUCUGACCAAGUGGUUCCUGGUUCUGACAGUUAUGAUAGUAGUGAGGACAGUAACUCAAGUGCUCAACUGAGACGUGAGAUUUAUCGUAGAUCACGUGAAUCUGACAACUUGGAGGACACAGGGAUAAGAAGAUCACUUAGUUUACCUGAUAUUGUUCCUAAGGGAUUAGAAAAUGAAACCGACAGUUUCAAAAGUCGUAGACAGAACCUGUCAGAUAAUUCACCGGAUGUUGUCAGUUCAUCUUCCAACAAGUCAAGUACAGCUAGUUCUAACGAACCAGUGCAAUCGAUUGCCACCACCAAAGAACAAAUAUCUAUCUUACGACAGAAUAGCCAAAAAAAUCCAAAAUUGUCACGGUCUGUCAGUUUCAGUUUAAAUGAGAAAAAAACUGAAGACAUUUCUGUUGAAAGUAAAGUCGAUGAUGACGACAGCUCUUCAGAUGCAGAUAGAAAGAGGCGUGAAUUCCGUUCAAGUGGCUACGGUACUGGAGAAAGUGAUAAGGCUAGCUCAGUCCAAUCUCAGUUGAGUCAGGGAUCUGUUUUUGAUGGGGGGAGUUUUAAUCAAGAGGGUUUAGAGCAUGGGGAAAGCAGUAUUGAACAUCAAGGAGCAAACAGUGAUAAAAAAAGAAAGAGUUUUGAUGAACAGAGAAGCAGUUUAGACCAGCAGAUAUCAGAUCAGAUUGAUGGUAUGACAAGUUGUAAUCCUUGUAAAGAAGACAAUCUUGUUGGCUUGUUAAGUCCAAGUAGCAAUGAAUCUGACAGUGAAAAAAUAACCGUUAAAAGUGGAAACAAACACAAACAACAUGAUUUGAUACCAAAUUUAAGUGCAAUAAGUCAAUCAUCAUUAACAAUAGACACGCCUCCUAUUAAUGGUGGAUCUAAAGAUAGUCAUUCAGGCAGCAGUUCAUCAGUUCAGUCACCCAAUCAAAACAAAUCAAGUCAGCCAUCCAUUCAGAUCUCAUCUAGUGAUGAUAGUAAUUCCUCCAUACAAAUACCAAACUUUGAUGUAUUGUUAAACGACUGUCGUAACAGUUCUAGUGGAUCGUCUUCUGACACUUCAGACUCUCUUAAACAUGUACAGAAAAAGUACUGUAAAACCCGAGAUGAAUUGAAAUCUCAAUCUCCACCAGCAUUUGCCACAUGCCUCCCACAAUCACCCAUACAUGAAUCAGUUGAUACUGGUAUUUUCAGUAGAACUACAGCAUCAGAGACAGAUCAUAGUCACUUGAUGUCUUCAGGGGUGGAUUAUUUUGAUUAUAAAAGUUGUAAAGAUUAUAUGACAAGAGAGAUUCUGCAGCAACAGAACAUCAGUGAAGAUCUCAAGUUAGAAUUAAUAGAAAGUCCUAUUACACCAAGUCCAAGAGAUUAUACUUAUGUCAUACAACCCAGAAUAACAUCAGAAACUGUAGAGAAGUCAUCCAGGUGCAGAGAUGUCCAUUGUAGUAUCAAAUUCUGCUUAAAGGUUAGAGAAGGUUUUAUAGGUCUUAAUCAUACUCUGGAUGGACAAUGGCCGUAUGGCUGCUGCCCAGAUGUGAAUGAUCUAUGUUAUGGUCUAGGCAAGCAUUCAACAGCACCAUGUGAUGAGCUGAAGUGUGCAGUGAAAUGGUGUUACUUCCUAUCUGCUGAGUUUUCUGACCAACCAAGGGGAGAGUUUGUGUACAGAGCUCUGAAGAGAUAUUAUGAUACACCUGUAAUGUCUGCAACUGCAUUUCCUCCAAAUCUAAAACCCCAUAAAUUUUACAAGUUAGAUGAACACUACAGACGAGAUCAUGCUAAAUACGGUGAAACCAUGACAACCUUUGGUGACUAUGGCAAUGUGUACAUGAUGGAUGAUUUAACUGUUAUUAAAAAGGUGAAAUUCCAGAACUAUGAUUGUGACAUUGACAAUACAGUAUAUAAGAAAUUGUUCAACAGACAACAUAAACAUAUCGUAGAUCAUAUAUGGGCUGCUGUCUACAACGAUAUUGAGGAAAUUCAUAUAUGUACCACAUUCUUUAGAGGAGGGACAUUAGAAGAUCUACUGCAGAGCAGAAUGUUAUUAAAUCCUGUUAUAGUACAAGAAUACCUUUUACAAAUACUAGAUGCUGUUAUUUAUCUUCAUGAUAAAUGUGGAAUUAUCUACCUAUAUUGGACUACUUCCAAUAUGUUGUUCCUGGACCCCAUCAGAAAGCAUAUCCUGAUAUCAAAUUUGUCUCUCUCCGUACCCAGUAAUACAGACUUUGAUGUUGGGUAUAUCAAGCAGUCCCUUCCCCCAUGUCUCACACCACCAGAGAUAAUGAAUGGAGACGACGGCUUAAGGUUAACUGGGGGAUCAGACUGUUGGGGGUUAGGUUGCAUGACGUUAGAAAUGUUGAUAGGAAAACAGAUGUGGUAUAAUGAAAGGCACUACCAGAAAACCAAACUGAUAGAAAAGAUAAAAACAAAAGAUAUUAGUCCGCACCAGUACAUUCCACGACACAGAUUGCCAGAAAUUUUCCAUUCUUUAAUAACUAGAUGUUUUGAGUUUGAUGUAAAGAACAGGCUUGGUUGUGAAGAGUUACAGAGUCAACUUAAGAACUGGAAAUACAACUAAAGAAAUGAAAGACAGAUGAAAUUAAAGAAUUAAAGUGUAACUUCCAAAAAAAAGAACUGGAAAUAUGUGAAUAUGUAGCAAGAUUUACCUAGUCUGUACUGUUAAUAGUGCAAUUAAUUUGACCGGUGCCAUUUCUCAAGUUCCUAGCUGUUCAGAAGUUUAUAUUAUGCAAACAGACCACAAAAAAUCAUUUCUUAUCUUGACAGUUUGUUGCGAAUAUGCACAACAUGUUAUCAUCAUAGACAUCAUUUAAAAUGAAAUCUGUAUUUUAUUACAGUUAUAUUUUUGACUGAUAUUUAAUGUGUAAAGUAUUCACCAAUAUUUUUACUGUAAUUUUGGUAAAUAGUACUAUUAAUAUCAUUUAUUAAAAAAUUGUCUCAUCUUUUUUUUAUAGAAAUCCUAUUUGAUACUUUGUCAGGGGUACGUUUGAUUAUGUAUAGGACUGUUUGUAUGUUUAUUAUUUUAUAAUGAUUUAAUGUUGUUCGUCUGGAUUGGGGUCUUCAUUGUUUGCUACUUUAAUUCUAAGGCCAUUUUCACCUUUUUAUGCCAAAGCCGUAGCGGAGGGGGCAUUAAGUUUUACCCUUGUCCGUCUGUACGUCUGUACAUACGUACGUACGUCCCAAAAUUGGUUUCCAUUCUCUAACUUUAGUUUGCAUCGACCAAUUGUUAUGAAACUUAUCCACAAUGCUUAUUACCACAAAACACAGAUCAAGUUUGAAUUUUGGUGGCAUCACUUUUGCCAUUCUUGAGUUAUGCCCCUUUACAAAUUGAAAAAUUGCUGAAUUUUAUGUUUCCGUUCUCUAAUUUUAGUUUGCCUCAACCAAAUGUUAUGAAACUUAUACACAAUGCUUAUUACCACAAAACACAGAUCAAGUUUUAAUUUUGGUUGCGUCACUUAUACUGUUUUAGAGUUCUGCCCCUUUACAAAUGGAAAAAUUGCUUAAUUUUUUGUUUUGUUUUCUAACUUUAGUUUGCCUCAACCAAAUGUUAUGAAACUUAUACACAAUGCUUAUUACCUUAAAACACAGACCAGGUUUGAAUUUUGGUGGCUUCACUUUUGUCGUUCUAGAGUUAUGCCCCUUUACAAAUGGAAAAAUUGCAAAAUUUUUGGUUUCCGUUCUCUAACUUUAGUUUGCCUCAACCAAAUGUUAUGAAACUUAUACACAAUGCUUAUUACCUUAAAACACAGAUCAAGUUUGAACUUUGGUGGCGUCACUUUUAUCGUUCUAAAGUUAUGCCCCUUUACAAAUGGAAAAAUUGCUGGAUUUUUUGUUUCGGUUCUCUAACUUAAGUUUGCCUCAACUAAAUGUUAUGAAACGUAUACACAAUGCUAAUUACCACAAAACUCUGAUCAAGUACAAAUUUGGGUAGCGUCACUUUUACAGUUCUUGAGUUAUGUCUCUUUAUAACAUUAUAUGCAAGCGGGGGCAUCAUCUGUAUCUCAUGGACACAUUCCCUAUUUAUUUUUUGUAUUGUAGUACAUCUUUCUCUAUUCUUUAUUUUAUUGGAUUAUUUUUCCCUAUUUUUUUUGUUGGCUAUUAUUCUCUGUAAACCCCAUCCAGAUCCUCUGAUCAGUGUUAUUAAUAUGAUAGCUCAGUAUAAAUGAAACAAGGCAUUAGUUAUGUUUCAAUAAGGCAGUAUUUGACAAUACAACAAAAUAAGAAAGACAUCUCAAGGUCAACAUAUGGUUUUCAGAAUUAGAUAGGUUACUUUACAAAAUAUUAAGUUCUAAAUCAAUGCAAGACUAGGCAAUGCAAGCAGGGGGUAAAUUUAACACUGACAACUGUUCCCACUCCAAUAAGGUUUCACAGAAAACAGCCAACCAACAAUGUAACAAAAGGAAUUUUAUUCAAAAAUUUGAUUAAAUUAACUUGCAGACAGAUACACAGAUACAUUUCUAAGUCCAAUUUUCUUUAACCUUGUAUAGUCUACUGAUUCCAGUCACUUCCAAAUGAAAAUUCCAAGUUGAUUAUCAAAGUUUGUCCAAUGAAUAAUGAGAAUGUCAAAGUUGACAGUUGAUAAAUCCAGCAGUUAUGAUAUAGUCCGCAGAUAGGUUGUUCAAAAAUAAUAUCCCACAAGUUGUUAAUUUAUCCCACAUAUAAUAAUAUAUAUAAUGUCCACAACAUUAUACCACAGAAUAGUAUUGAAACUGGAAGGCAUUCUUUUUAAGUCUCUAUAGAAUGAUGAAAUAAAUAAUGAUUAUGGUGACAACAUUAUGGGAAUAAAAUUGGUAGAGUGUGAAAUUUAAAUUAAUUAUUAAAAUAAAUCAUUUGAUAAUCAAACAAAUACAGGUAUUGUAAAUUCUGAAAUUUUUGCUAAAUUUUUUUAUUAUUGCAAAAAUUGUGAUGAGAUAGGUGUCACAAAAAUACAAGCUUGCAUUUUAAAUUUUGAUAGCAUUAUUUGUGUAUGCAGCAUUUCCUGUAAUCACAAUAAUUAAACUGGCAUUUAUGUUGAUUGACUAACAAUCAAAAUAAUAAAUGCACACACAAAUUUCUGCAUUUGCAAUAUCAUUUUUACAUACAUAGAUAUAUAACACAACCACACAUCAUACCACAAAAUAGAGUAAGACCAGGAAAUGAAAUCUAGUAAUCUUAAAUUUGAUUAAAAUGAACAUUUUAAAGAGAUAUAUAGUGUUGGAGUAAGUUGUAAUUUUAUGUGCAUAUUCUUAUGGUAUUUUUUUUGUUGAAAAUACAUGUGAAGAGAUUAUAUGUUUCUCUAGAUCUCAUUUUAUUAUUUAUAGGGCUUUUAUGUUUAAAUUAUUUGUAUAAAAUGGAUUAUUUGGAUUCUGUGUUUUUAUGUCUGACAUAUGAAUGUAUUUGCGCAUUAUAAGUUUAUUACUUGGUAUUUUUCUCAAAAUCUGCCUAGGGUAUACAUAAUUGUUAAAUUUUUUCAUAUCAUCCAGUUUGUAGAAUCCCAGUGCUAUUAACCUUUAAAGAUGAUUACUUAAAAAUAUCUUGAUGUUCAAGUAAAAUGCUAAUUCAUAUACUGUGAGGGUACCUAAAUUGCCCCUUUUUUGACAAUUUUUUCACCUUUUGUUUAGUUUUAAAAAAAGCCAAAAGUUUCCAUUCUGUAUUGAUUUUUGUAGAUAUAUGCUUAUUUACAAUAUAGUUCCACAAAUUUGAUAUUGAAUCCAUACUGAAACGUAGAAAAAAAUGGGUUCGAACCAACUUCCAAACGAUCCAAGAUUCUGUAAUGAGAAGUACCUAAAUUGCAUACAUGCUUAACUUUGCAUCCAUACAAAUCAAAUAACUGAUGCUUUGAUUUAUUUUUCCAAAUUUUUAGAAAAAUUUGACAGUAGUCCAUGCUUAGUUUGCAUUUUGUAAGAAAUGGAUUCCUGCGACUUUUUUAAAUUGCGCAUUUUAAAAGUCAAUUUUUAAACAUUUUACUUUUUUUCCAAAUGGGUGCAAAUUGGUUACUUGCUGCAAUUUGGGUACUGUGAAAUUAUGCAUGCAAGUUAUUUAUUUUCUAAUUGAUUAAUGCUGGCAGUUGUUCAAAUACAGGUGUUAUCUUCUAAUGUAACCAUAGAAAAGAAUUUAAUUAAGUUUUAUAUCAGCUGACAUCAAAACAGGUGGAGAAUACUGCUAUUUCUACAGUUACUGUAAAUUCAGAAAUUAUUGCGUGCAUUUAUUAUUGCGAUUUUGUCAUAUUAGACUAAAAUGCGAUUUUAAUUUUUGCGAUAUUGAGAAAAAUCCUGUUUAAUUCAUAUAAAAAAUUUCAGAAUGCGAGUGUGAAUUUACAGUAUAUGAUUGAUGCCCUGAAAUUUGCUAGUGUUCCAAACAUUGUACUUACUGUAUGCUUUCUAUGUGCCUUUUAAUUCUGUAAAUAUGCAAUUUUUAUCUGACAUUUUUCACAAAUAUUUCUGAAUUUUCAGGUGCUAAGCGGUUUGUAAAAAAUUAAUAUGGCAUUUUUGCUUUUCUUAUAAAAUAAUUUUUGCUUUAAAAUAUUGCCAUUACUUGGCAUUCAUCGUUGUUAUUGGCCAUUUGUAAACUUUUUAAAAAAAUCCUCUGAAACCACUGGUCAAAUUAAUGCAAGUAUUUGUCAUCAUUAUUUAUUUAUUGCCAUUGGACUUGGUUAUCAGAAUGGUUGACCCACUUAUUAUCUAAUUACAGAUUAGGUGUGAUUUUGUUAACUCAUGAUAUAUUUGUAUUUAUUGUUUUUUUUAUGAAAUACAUUUUCAUCAUUUAUAGAAAUUAUUUAUUGCCAUUGGACUUGGUUAUCAGAAUGGUUGACCCACUUAUUAUCUAAUUACAGAUUAGGUGUGAUUUUGUUAACUCAUGAUAUAUUUGUAUUUAUUGUUUUUUUUAUGAAAUACAUUUUCAUCAUUUAUAGAAAUAAAAUGGUUGUAUUUGGGCUGUGACAUGUUAUAAACAUAUGGCAAAUCAGGUCAUGCUUAAUAUUUCAUGCAUAAAAUUUAAAGAAAAAAAUUUGGAAAGAGUAUGAAAAAAAUUUGCAAGUUAUACACUCCACACUAAGGACUAUAUUUGUAGACGACGAAAAUAAAGGACGAUAACUGUGUCCUCGGACCAUCAGUUAACAUUAUGCUUAGAAUUGUUCCAUUAAAACAUACAUGUUAUCCAGGGAAGGAUCUUUGAAAAUGGGGUAACCAUCUGUGAAGGCAAUUUUAAGUUUUCUCUUACACUUUCACUGUAUAAAAAUACACAACCAUAGAUCAGAUUUGGAAGUGCCUUCCCUGUAUCCAUGUGUGUUUUUUUAUGAAACAGCCCAAAAUUACCAUGUGUGUUUUUUUAUGAAACAGCCCAAAAUUACCAUGUGAGUGAUAUAGACUCUUUGGCACUCUAGUUAUAUUUUUUAGGGUAUUUUUUAUAGAUACAUUUGGUGGUAGAGUUUAUUUUUUAUGAAGACUCUGGCUCUUAAAUUUGUCCCUGACUUUUCUUUCUAACAAGGAUAUUAUUUAUCGUGUAAUUUAUAUUGAAGGUUAUUAUUCUGUGAUUUAUAUUGGAGGUUAUUUUUCCGUUAUUGUUAUUGUUUUUUAGAUCUUUAUGGCUCCAUAUUGUUCUAUGAUUUUAAUGAUGUAAUUAUGCAUAUUUUUUACCAGUGCUUUGUCUGCUCAAGAUACUUUUUUUUACUAAAUGUUAUUGUUUAUAAUAUUAUGUGAGUGCCAUAUUGCCAGACUUGCAGAAGAUUUUAACUUCAUUUUAGCCAUUACAUGAGUUAAUUAAUUUCCUAUAUAUUUUUUGUGUAUUGUUAUAUAUUUUUCGUAAACACUAAAAAUAUAGCUUUCAAAUUUUGUAUAAAUAUUCACAUAAGGAUUAUCUUGUCUCUUGCUACUAAUGGUGAUUGGAUGAUAUCUUCUGAGUUUUCACCAACAUUUUAUCUGCCUCAUUUGGAGGCCUGAAUAGCUUGCUUUAAAUUUAUAACUGAAACCAUUCAUGAGUAAUUUUAUUUAGAGCUUCAGCUGUUGAGACUAAAAUUUCUCAGUUGAAAAUCGCACGGAGCAAGCAGUUUAACUUGAGCAAUACUGAUUAUAAUGUUAAAUGAAUCAGAAUGAUAUUCCUUGAAACCAAAAAUUUAAAAAAAAUCAAAUUAUCCACCACCAAAAUAACAAGCAAACAAUAACAGCAACAAGAAUAAUUAAGACCCCCCCCCUC